UUUUAGGACAUGGUUUCCGUUACCCGACCGUCCCCCAAUCCCAGCUUGGUCCAUCGACUUCUUCUUUCUUCUUAGCCUUGUCUAAAAUGAUAAGGGCUAUUUCUUUACUCUAAGUCAAAACUAAAAUCGAAAAAGGAGAACCGAGCAGUUAGUGAGGCAGCCUCUUCCCUACCUAACGCAGGUGAUGUGAGCAGCAGCACAAGUGCAGCAGCAGCAGCAGCGGCAGCAGCCAGUGGUUAUACCUACGACGACCCGUCAGCAGCAGCAGCGGCCGCGGCAGCUGCAGCAGCAGCAGCUGCAGCAGUUGCAGUAUCAUCUUCCUCCUCUUCCUCUUCUUCCCAUCAUCCAAACCUUCAACACAACCAACAGCAGCAGCAGUCACAGCAGCAGCAACAACAGCAUCACCAUCAACAGCACCAACACGCUCAGCAUCACCAUCACCACCACCACCAGCAACAGCAGCAACCUCAGCAGCAACAGCAGCCGCAAGCACCUCCACCUCAAACGACGCCACAGUUGCAACAACAGCAACAACAGCAGCAGCAGCAGAACAGCAACAGUUCUGCGACCAGCGUCGAUAACAAUCCUUUGUCAAGCUUGUCAGUAAAAAUUGUCCAGCAGAUCAACAACCCUACUGAACACCCUCAGACCAUCCACACCAACGUUACAGUGACCAGUGUGAAAACCCAAUAUGGGUCCACAAACGACGGCUCCCCGCAGUCAAGCAGCAUCCAGACAAGCGUUGAAUGCAAGCAAGAACCUUGCGACGAGAGCCAGUGUCUAGGAGCACAGCAACAACAGAAUACCGGUCACAACAACAACAACAAUCAUAAUCACAACAACAACAACAAUACCAUCAACAAUCACAACAACAACAACAACAACAGUUUGUCCGACAACAUCAUCAGCAAUUUGAACCUAGAUCCUGAGGUUUUGCAAAGCAUUUUGGAGAACCUUGACAAGGAAGAUUUCAAAGGAUUGGACGAUUUUGAAGAAGUCUAUCUUGACAAGGAGAACCGAGAUGAUACACUAAAUAUGUUUGGUCCUUUAACUACAAGUUCUCCUAGUCUUCCGCCGAAAGGUCCACCGUUUGUAGAUACUCCGCCACCUGGUAGCAACCCUCUCAAUUCUCUGUACGACACCAACCAGAACAUGGGUGGUGUACGUACCCCGACACCGAUCCAAACGUUUCGUGGAUCCCACCAACCCCACGUCCUCUCGGACACCGGUCCCGCUGCCGAGACUCUGAAGCAGAUGGCUGCUCAGCACCAGAACCAGACGUAUGCGAUGAAGUCCCCAUCCCUCGGGCCGUUUGGUGACCCAGGUUCCGACAUAGACCAGUUUGGCCGAGGCAACGGAUAUGCGGGUUUCGGUCAGGCACCGCCGGGCAUGCCAGGCCAAAACUCCUAUGCUUAUGGUCAACAGCCGCCUCCUCAUUUAAACCAGCUGCGAGGUCAGCCAGUACCUCCGGGCUAUCCACAGCCGAUGCCAGGCAAGACUGAUAUGUCGUUACCUUUUGGGGCUACCAAACCGUUGUCUCACUAUCCCGAUCCAAUGGGGGUGCAGGUAACUUCGGCUCAGGGUGGCCCUUCGCCAUCGUCACUGCAACAGUUGCAGGAUCAAGUGCGAGCGCACUUCAACCAAAAUCAAGGUCCACAGCCCAUGCAAAUAACACAAACACAACAGAUGCAAGUAUCGCAUGGUGCACACCGGAUGCAAAUGUCACAGACCCAACAGCUGCAGAUGCAACAGGCCCCUCAACAGAUAUCAAUGAGUCAGCAGCAAUCGCUGUCUCUCAACCCAGGUGCGAUGGCCCAAAGCCAAUACAUGACUGAACAGAUGAGCAUCAUGCACGACAAAGUGCAUGCUGAACACGUGUGCCAAACGAAAUCUCGCGAAUCUAUGCUAGAGCAGCAACAGCAGCAGCAGCAACAGCAACAGCAGCAGCAGCAGAACGCCGGUGGUCCACCCUGCCCUACCCAAAUGCAACAGUACAUGAGUCGACCGCCACCCCCUGACUACAAGCUGCAACAAACUAGCACGAAUGGCACCACGUCGUUUGGUACAAAUGGCACGAACCCUUUACAGACAAUGCAAAACAUGAUUAACCAAACAAGCAGCACGAUACAACCUGGGUAUAGUGUGCCAGGUAAGACGGAAGCUAAUUCUAGCCAAGCUGGCCUCUUACAUUCAGCACAAGUUACCGCUGUACAGCAGAUGACCACCUCUGUUAUGCCAUCGGCUAACACCUCCCAAGCCCCUGUAUCUAACUACCCUAGCCCCUCAUUGACAAGACACUCACCGUACACAACACAAGCCCCUACACAGACUCCAGUGGGUGGUUCUGUCACCAGUCGAUCGCAACGACCGUUGACACCCACAUAUAAAAGCUCGAUCAUGCGGAACCAGCGACCGCCUAACGUGAACGUCGGACCUGACGGGCUGAACAUAUCGCGCCCACGAAGUUCCGGAGACUGGCCUCGGCCAAUGAUGCAAGGUCAGCCUGGUGCACGGAUGGCUGGUGCAAACAACGGUUCCAUUGCAAUGUCACGCAUGCACCUAGCAACAGCAGGCCCUGGUAUGAUGCAGCAGUAUGGUGGUUAUACAAAUCCUGGUGGUAUGCCGCCUGGACAACAUGUGUCUCACAUGCACCAGUCACAACUGGAUGGUUUGCCCGGGCAGGCGGCAAUGUUACACCAGAAUUCACAGCUGCUGCAAGUCCAACAACAGCAGCAGCAACAACAACAACAACAACAACAACAGCAGCAACAACAACAACAACAAAGCAUACAGAUGUCACAACGAAUGGGUGUGAGACCUACCCUGAUGCAUUGUACGCCAGCGUCUUCGUCUCCUUACAGUCUCGGCUCUGGAGCGGGUUUUGCAGUGUCGGGUCCCGUUAAUACCCACCAAAACGGCUACCCGGCCACAACCACGCAGGAGGACUUUAUGAACUUUUUGGAUAGCGCCAACACGAGUAACGCGGACAUUUUCGAUAGCAUUCAGAGUUCAAAUACGGCGGACUUUAACUUGUUAGAUGAGAUACUUGGCAAAUAAAAAAAAAUUGGGUUGGGUUAACGUGGAAACAAAUUUACAAUAAUAAUAAUAAUUAUUAUAAUAAUGAUAAUGGUAAUAAUAAUAAUAAAUUUAUAAUAAUAACAAUAAUAAACAAUAAUAGUGAUUUGUAAAGGAAAAAAAAUGUGACGAUGGAUAACAAGACAAGAUUCAUUUCAUUUUGGGUACCAAUCAGACAAUUUGGUCUAUCAGAUUUCAUUGAUUAAUUAAUCAUGCUUGUCACAUGGUCAGGUGGAAUGAAAGAGGUUUUUUUUUUUUCUAAUUUCGAUUAUGACAAAAGAAAAGUAAUUUCAAGCAUAAAAGACUUAAGAAGCGAAACAUUCUCGCAUCACAUGCACAUUUUCAAAAAAAUUCUCAAAUUGAAAGCAACUCUUGUAGAUAAAAGAGUCUCAAAAAUAUAUUCCGUGACGAAUAAGAAAGAAAGAAAGAAAGAAAGAGAUAUAUGUAAGAGAAAAAAAAAUGUUUUUUUCUUUUUUCAAAAAAGAAGGGUAAAAAAAAAAUAAAAUAAA